AUCAGAACAUUGCCAUAGCAAAGACAGAAAGUAAGAGUUGCAAGAAAGCAUAAUGAGAUCAGUCAAGAUGGAUUUGAUGCUAACCCUUCUUGGGGGGUUUUUGUUCCUAUGUGGGUUUAACUUUUGGAUGGCUCAAGGCGCUGUCCAUUACUACGAUUUCAUCCUAAAGGAGAGCAAUUUUACGAGGCUGUGCAGCACGAAGAGCAUGCUCACGGUUAACGACAGCUUCCCGGGGCCGGUGAUCCGUGUUCAAAAGGGGGACACAGUGUAUGUUAAUGUCCAGAAUCAGGGAGAAUAUGGCGUUACUAUUCACUGGCACGGCGUAAAACAACCAAGAAACCCGUGGUACGAUGGACCUGAGAACAUUACGCAGUGUCCGAUCCCUGCUGGCACCAAUUUCACGCAGGAGAUCAUUUUCUCCGAUGAAGAAGGAACCCUCUGGUGGCACGCGCAUAGUGACUGGUCCCGCGCAACCGUCCACGGAGCAAUUGUAAUAUCACCUGCAAAUGGAACCACAUAUCCCUUCGCUCAACCCGACGCCGAGGAAGUAAUAGUAUUAGGAUCAUGGUUUACUGGAGAUGUGAUGGCGAUAAUUGAUGAGGCCCUUACCACGGGAGGUGACCCAAACAUUUCAGAUGCCUUUACCAUUAAUGGGCAACCUGGGGAUCUAUACAAUUGCUCAAGUGACUCGACCUACCGCUUGUUGGUUGAGUCCGGAAAGACCUAUCUCCUCCGAAUUGUUAAUGCCGUGAUGAAUGAGGAGAUGUUCUUCGGGAUUGGCGAGCACAACCUUACAGUCGUUGGAAUGGACGGUGCAUACCUCAAGCCCAUAAACGUUGAGUACAUUAUGAUAACUCCAGGCCAAACUAUGGACGUCCUGUUCACGGCGAACCAGUCUCCUAGCUAUUAUUACAUGGCUGGGAGCCCUUUCGCCGAUACGAAUGCCCCGUUCGACAACACCACCACAACUGGCAUCGUGCAGUACAGUGGAAACUACACCCCGCCUUCUUCUCCAUCUUUCCCAUCGCUUCCCGCUUACAACGACAAAGCCGCGGCAGAGAACUAUACAGCACUGCUCCAGAGCUUGGCGAGCAAUGAGCACCCGAUCAAUGUCCCCCUAAACAUCACCACGAGUAUGUACAUAACAGUUUCGGUGAAUCAGAUUGAUUGCAACGGUUCGUGUGCUGGGCCGGAUGGGAACAGGCUUGCGGCCAGCUUGAACAACAUCAGCUUUCAAACGCCAACUACGGACAUAUUAGAAGCAUACUAUCAGACCUUGCCUAAUGUAUUCACCAAAGAUUUUCCGGACGAGCCACCCUAUUACUUCAAUUUCACCGGAGAUGUUGGGAAUAACACAAUAUUCCCGAGCCUCGGAACCAAGGUGAGGGUGAUCGACUACAACGAGGCGGUUGAGAUCGUAUUUCAGGGGACAAAUGUCGGGGCUGCGGAGAAUCACCCUAUGCACCUUCACGGUUACAGCUUCUAUGUCCUAGGCUUCGGGUCGGGGAACUUUAACAGCACAACCGACCCAUUGUCUUACAAUCUGGAUGACCCACCACUCGUGAACACCAUCGGCGUUCCUAAGAACGGAUGGCUUACUAUCAGAUUCAUUGCAGAUAACCCAGGAGUGUGGUUUAUGCACUGCCAUUUAGAGAGGCACGCAAGCUGGGGAAUGAACACCGUGCUUAUAGUGAAGAAUGGUACAACCGAUGCAACCAGUAUUCGCCCUCGACCGGGUUAUAUGCCUCCUUGUUCAACCUCCUAGUUUCCCUCGAUAGUCUUAACUGGUGAAAAAGGCACGAGGAACAAUAAAAUACAUAUCUUGUUCACAUUUAUAUGUUCUCACCCAACAGUCAAUAAUGGUCUGUCUAGGGAUAUUAUUUAUUAUUAGUUUGGUUUUGCUUCCUUCAAAUUAUAUCAGCGUUCUGUUCUUUGAUGGAAAGACGUUCUCAGAGGAAAACCAACGAACCGUUAUAGUGAAUA